AGGUCCAGUUCGUGGACCUGGGAAGUUGAACUUGCUGACCAUCCUCAGGAGUCUCUCUUAUCAAGAACCUCAGGAGUCUCUCUUAUCAAGAACUUCCCCCCCAGCUAAACACAAAGGCACAGUCCCAGAGCUUCGGACGGCCAAGAAAGCAGCAUAACGGAUUCGAAGGAAACAGAGGAAUCGACACCAAGAAACAAGAGGGCAUCAUCAUGUUUGGUUGCGGCAUCAAUGGAAGCGUCGACGACGCCGAGUUCAGCAAGCCCAUGCCCUGGAUCGGCAUCUACAUCGCAGCAGCUUCCUUAGCCUGCGCGGUCGCGAUGGCCGCGGAUGCCGCGGUCGGAUUCCGCUACCGGAGGCCCUGGUUCCCGAGCCGCUACUUCGCCCUCAACGCCACGUCGCUGAGCGUCAUCGCGGUCGCCGUCAAGCUGUCCGUCGACCUCAACACGCCGAUGCCGCGUCGGCAGGACCAGCUCGCCAAGCUCAGCAGCUCGGUCCUGAUCUGCACCGUGAUGGCCAAUUCGAUGCCUUCUCUUGGGGCGAUGGAGAACAAGGAGCUCUUGUCCAACAUGAUUGCUCUCGCAAUUCUUGUUAUCACAUCAAUUGUGAACAUAUGUAUGCAAUUGGGCACUGGGGUGAUCUACACGUACAGGAGGGAACAUGCCUUCGUGAUGUUCCUUAUGGUGCUCUUGCUGGUGAUGCUGAGCUUGUCGGCCGCGAUUGUCCCGACGACGAAGCGCUACUUGGAGAAGAAGUAUCGCAAGAAGUACGAACUGGCCAUGAAGGAGAGCUUGAGCCGUAGUUGCGAGACAGUCUUCGAUAAGCUCAAGGAGGACCUGAUGAAGUAUGGGAUGAUGGCUCAUACCUGCAACCCCCAAUUCGUCGUUGGGCGGUCCGUGACGUGCACUGCUUCCGGGGCGCUCUGCCUCCUGAGCGCAGUGACUCUGGCGCAGGCGAUGCUCCGGUCUUACCUGAUGCCCGGGAGGUUCAAGUUCUGCGACGGCGAGUCGGACUAUAAGUGGUCAAGCAUGGUGAUUCUCAUAGCGCAGAAUAUUGCGGUUGGGCUCGGCACGAUCGCCCCAGCGGUCCGAUGGUUCCUCGCGAUCAAAUUCAAGUGCCCGAAGCGGGGGAACAAGAGCUACAAGGAUGAAUUCAAGCUCGAAAGGCAUUGGAUAGAGUGUUUCAUAGAGAUCAAGAAGCGUCCGUUGAGUUUACAUAUACGGAGCCGGCAGUGUCGGAAGCUCCUCCACGACGCAAAGAGGGUGGUUUUGGAGAUGGUUACUGGAACACAAGUGGGGAUCGUGAUGGGAAGCAAGGUCGUGAGGAUGAUCUCAGUUCUCUUCAUGAGCCGGAUCCUCUUGUUCUGCGAUUUGUGCUGCGAGUUGAGGAACAAGUUCAAAUUGAACACCAGCGUUUCAACCAAGGACUCGGACUGCGGUUUGCGCCUAGAAGGCUCGGUCUUCAAGCCAGACCUCAGCCGUUAUGUUUUGCAUCUUGAGGGCGAGGAAGAAUUAGUCCAUAUCAUGGUGCGGGACAACUGCAGCGCCACCGAGUCUUGGAUUAAGAUGGGGAAGAAAAAUCAGCCCAAACAUCUCAUACAACUCCUGGAAGAGAUGCCGUCUCGCUCGUUUGAAGGGGUCAUGAGUUUUGACAGCGAUGCAGUUCCUCCACUGGAUUCUGCAGAACCUCCGAACAAUUGGGCACUGCCGAUCGUGACCUUAACAAGCCUCGGGCUCGCUAUUCCAAACAUCGACCCAUCUGCCAGAAAACGAUUGCUGCGCGGCGUUCACGAGGGCCUGAGGUAUGUCAACUUAGUAGAAGAAAAGCUGUGUGCAAAACAAGAAUUGAUGAACAUGCGAAAGGCGGCGAGCAUUGUGUUCCUGGAAGUCGAUCUCUACCACAAAUGGCUCGAUGUAGAUCUCCGCCAAAUUUCCCUCCAGGGAAACACCACAAAGGAUGUGCUUGAAGCGCUUGCACGCGCCGCGAAGAACGUUUUUGUCAAAUUCAAAGCCACACCAACCCACGGAUGUUUAAGGGAAACCCCUUCAGCGUGGCCCGGCAAAGUACAGGCCGCGUAUUCCAUGUACCGAAUAAGCGAGACCCUACUGCUCGAUUGCAAGAGUAGCGACUGUGAUAUAAGCAACAGAAUCUUUGAGAAGCUAUCGAGGAUGAUCUCCGAUAUUAUUGCGGCCUGCCUCACCAACUUAGAACAAGUCAUAUGUGCCGAGUGUUCUCGCAGUGGCAUUGAGGAACGGAAAGAGUGCGUGCGGUCCGCCGCUCUUCUUCUCGGAAAAACGGCGAAAGUGACGAAAAUCAUAAAUCAAAGAGAGCUUCCAUGUUUGGACCCCAACCAAUUGGCGAGCAUUGAUGAGUGGCGCGCCUCGGGCGACCUGAGGAAGGCCUUAUUGGUAAAGUCAUUCACAGAUGAGAGCGAGACGUCUUCUCUCAGUCCUGGAGAUCGGUACUUGUCUAUUCAGUAUUCACAAGUCUAGGAGGGAAGCUCGAACUGGCCUAGGAGUUUUUACAUGUUUCUAUUUUCGUCCUGGCAAUGAUAUUAACAACGGUCGAGAAACGCUUACUACUUGUAACUAUGAACCUAGCUUGCGAAAAGAGUUAUCGAAUGUACUCGAGACAUAUCUCUUGCUGAUGUAUAGUAUUGACAUUACUGAGAGAGGAAUAUCAUGACCUCUCGAAUACGAUGUUGCGAUUAAUAUCAAA